AUGCUGUCUUCAAGCCCUCCUUCCUGCAUGUCUCCCAACCCAGACAGGGAGGACUCAAGCAAAAAGGUCCACUGGGCUUCUGGGAGGAGAAGGACAUCAUCCACAGACUCAGAGUCAAAGUCACACAUUGACAUCUCCAAAUUGCCCAGGUCCCGGCGACCUAGCAGGCUGACAGUGAAGUAUGACCGGGGGCAGCUCCAGCGCUGGCUGGAGAUGGAACAGUGGGUGGAUGCACAGAUUCAAGAGCUCUUCCAGGAUCAAGAAACCCUUUCCCAGCCUGAAAUUGACCUGGAGGCUCUCACAGAUCUAUCCACAGAGGAGCAGAAGACUCAUUUAGAGGCCAUUCUCCAAAACUGCCCUCGUCCCACAGAGUCCUUCAUCUCUGAGCUGCUCAGUCAACUCAAGAAACUCCGGAGAUUCAGCAGGCCUCAGAAGUAA